AUGAAUCAGAGCAGCCUGUGGAAGCUCCUCUUGACGCUCAGGAGGUACCAAGAGGCAGACAGGGAGAUAAGCACAGGCUCCAGGCCAGAGCGGGAAGAAGACACCUUCCAUGGCUCUCUGAGCCCCAGCCUGCACUAUGAAGCAAAUGGAAGCGAAGCAAUUAUAAAAACACUCAAGGUACUACAGGAUUUGGAUAUGUCACUGGAUAUUCUAAUGGAAACUGGCAUAGGCAAGACAGUUAACAGUUUUAGGAAACAUGCCACUGCUGGGAAUGUAGCUAAAACACUGAUAAAACAGUGGAAAAAACUUACGCUUCCCGAAAAUAAAAGUGAUCCCAGAGGAAGAAAACAAAAUACUGGAAAAGAAAAAGAUGAGACAAAAUCUUCUAUUUCAAAGGAGAUUAAGCCUUCGGAGAAGUCCAAAGCAUCUUUACUGGCCUCCAGAAGUUCCAGUAGCGCUCCCAUUUCUAAAAAGUUGAAUAAGCAGCGUACUUGUAGUGAAAAGACCCACCAAAACGGAGAUUCUGAGUGUCAAAAAGAAUGUGAUAAUAAAGAAUGUAGCAGCAGUGGUUCUAAGCAUGCUUCCCAGGGUAACAAUCCUCAAGCUAAAGACAGUGACUUCAAAGAGAGAACCUCCACAGACAGUAAGAAAGUUUCAGAAAAGCAGUGUUCCUCUGUAGCCAAUAAAAACUUAUCACCCCUGAAGGAAAAACCUAGUAAGGAUGCUUCCAAACAGAGAAACCCUAAGCAUGUGAAGAAACCAAACCAAAAACUUGUCAUAAAAAGCAAAGCUGAAUUAUCUAGUGAUGAGGAAUUUGAGCCCCCUACGAUGUCUUUUGAAUCAUAUCUUAAUUAUGAUCAGGUUACCAAAAAAAGAAAGAGGAAGGCUUGUUCUACAGGUAAACAGACAAAGAAGUGCAGUGAACAGAACAGCUCAUUACCACAAAAGACUUCAAAAUUUUCACAAGCAAAAGAGGGAGAGGAAGAUGUUAAAAAAUGUGAUCAGUCAGAAACUCCCAAUAAAAAGGCCAAGGUGGCAUCCCUCCAAGAUCUCCUUAAUACUCCACUGCCUAAAUUUCUGACAGGCAUCUCAAUCUCGUCUCCCUCAUAUGCUGCAGACUUUAAAGCUUCCCCGGCACCUGUUGUAGAAGCACCCCAGCAAGUCAGUGAGACUAUUCAAUUCACAGGACGGAGACUGAAGUCUAAAAUGCAAGUUUACUCCGGCUCUAAAACAGUCUUUCUUUCAAAGAUGCUUACGCUGUAUGAACAGUGCAUCCGUGUGCUUCAAAAUAGUAUUGAUUCGCUACAUGAAGUAGGAGGUGUGCCCUUUGAAAUUCUUGAGCCUGUGCUAACACGUUGCACACCAGAGCAGUUGUUUCGAAUAGAGGAAUGUAAUCCGAUGUUUACAAAAGAGUCGGACCACUUGUGGAAGAAACACUGCCAAAGAGAUUUUAAAAAUGAGAGCCUCCUGGAAUAUGAGUCUUGGCGUGAAAUGUACUUGAGACUGUUUAAUCAGAGAGAGGAAAAACUGAAGGUGCUUACAAAAAAUAUUCUUUCAGCUCAGUCUGAGAAACCAAAAGGCAGGCAAGUAAAAAUGGCUUAUGUGACCAGUGCGGCAAAGCCACCCAGGAACGUUCGCCGACAGCAAGAAAUACAUGGGACGGCAGGACCUGUCACCCAACUUCAUCCCAUAGACAAAUACAACAACAGUGGAAGCUCUAGCUCAAGCAUAAUGACUCAGGAUGGAAAGAAGCCUAUCAAAAAAAUUGCACCAAUCAUGAGGAAAACUUUGAAAGCAUUGAAGAAUAGAGCUGGACGACGAUAA